CAUCAAGAGUCGAGUUGGCAAAUCAAAGUUACGUCCCCGAUCAGCUGCUGUCACUUCAAGCCUGCUGUGUUCUGUACCGCCACGUCUCCUGGGAUCUGAUCCCGGUGCAUGAAGUGAACACGGGUCACGUUAUCGUCGGUGAUUUAACGUCAGCUGCAGCAGCAGCAGCUCGGACUGAGGCUGCAGCCGAGCGAACCGACAGCAGCGUUCAGGGGAAAGAUGGCGACCAGAGUCCUUCAAAGAGUCGGCAACGGCCUGAAACAGACGAGAAGUGGGCUCCAGACGAGCGGACGGGUCAUGGUCGUCAUAAGGAGCGGCUCGGGUUUCCGUGAAGACAGCUGGUUCAAGUCUCUUUUUGUUAGAAAGGUCGACCCCCGAAAAGACGCUCACUCUCACCUGCUCGCCAAGAAGGAAGACAACAACCUGUACAAAAUACAGUUUCACAAUGUCAAGCCUGAGUGCCUCGAUGCUUACAAUGAACUUUGUGAGGACGUCUUGCCUUCCAUCCACGCCGACCUUGAGUACCCCUGUGAGCUUGUGGGCACCUGGAACACCUGGUAUGGAGAGCAGGAUCAAGCUGUUCACCUGUGGAGAUAUCGGGGAGGAUACCCGGCUCUCACCGAAGUCAUGAACAAACUCAGGCAGAAUAAGAAGUUUAUGGACUACAGGAACGAGCGGGGGAAGAUGCUGCUGUCUCGUAGGAAUCAGCUGCUGCUGGAGUUCAGUUUCUGGAACGAACCUGUCCCUCGUCCAGGACCCAACAUCUACGAGCUCCGAUCAUACCAACUCAGGCCAGGGACGAUGAUCGAGUGGGGGAACUACUGGGCGCGAGCCAUCGAGAUCCGCCAGCAGAACCAAGAGGCUGUGGGAGGCUUUUUCUCUCAGAUUGGAAGUCUGUACACUGUUCACCAUCUAUGGGCUUACAAAGAUCUUCAGUCCAGAGAAAACAUCAGAAACGCAGCCUGGCAGCGUGACGGCUGGGACGAGGUCGUCUACUACACAGUCCCUCUUAUCCAGCACAUGGAAUCUAGAAUAAUGAUUCCCAUGAAGACCUCGCCCCUGAAGUAACCACAGCCGCCCGGGGGAAACUCUCAGCAGCCACUGAUCGGAGUGUGUGCACUGCCAGGGAUCUCUGCGUAACAUCGUGGUGUUGCUUCAGUUUUGUUUCUUUCUCUGUUUCUUGACUCUGGUUUUUUUCUGUUUUGGCCCAGAAUGUCUUUCUCAGAUGAUGACGUUCAAAAUGAUUGUCACCAAACUGCAUCCGUUACAGCAGAUACUGUGUUACUGAUCCAUUAAUGCGCCGUACGUAGAUGAAUUAUGAUUUGAAAUGCUCCUCUUCUUCUUCUUCUUCUUCUUCACUGUCCGUCAUUUAAAGAGUCCGAUUUUUAAUUGGCUUGUCUUUAUAUUUUUUAUGAUGCGAUUAAAAACUCACUCUCAUUAGUGGUUGAAUGUUUGAGCUGCCAGAAGAUGUGAGUCAAACAUUUAGAGGUUCUAGUGCUGGUCACAGGGGCUGACGAUGUCUUAUGGUCAUUUCAUGAAAAUAUGUGUUACAGUUGUGGCUGCAAAAAACUAUUAUUUUUAAGAGUAAUCGAUUAAUCUUAAUGCUCACCACAAUUUCCCAGAGGUCAAUGUGUCGUCUUUGAAUGGUUUAUUUUGUCCAACCAACACUCCAAAACACAAAUAAUCUUUUAUUUACUUGUAUAAAUGGCAAAAAAAGUGAAUGUUUAAGAAGCUGAAACCAGCUUAUCUGUUAUCUGUUCGACCUUUUUGCAUGAGAAGCAAAUAAUCUGUUCUCAGAAUAUUUACAGAUGAAUUUUCUUCCAUCAGUCAGUGAAUAUUUGCAGCUCUAGUUACAAAAGAAACUUUCCCAGGACGUGUUCACCCUGUUGAACUAGCAGUGAUCCAGUAUCUCACACUAUGCACUAUGAAUAAGACUUGUAAUAAGCUUCUUUAAAUGUUUCAGGUGAUGGUCAGUUUUACAAAGAGAAACGUGCUGUUUACAGAUCAGUGUUAUGAAGCUGACUGUGAGGGAUGGCGGGCGGUGUCGCUGGGCCUCAGUCAGACUCCAGCUGUAUGUUUAAUCAACAGUCUCCAUGGAUACACUCUGAAAAUGUGACUUUACGUUUACACGGCUUAGAUCCAACUAACUGAUUAUGGUGUGUGUGCACUCAUAACAUGAUUCAAAAUCAGUUUGGUGGAUGAAACGAUUCAUAGCGUGAUUGUUAUGAAGACGCACAAGCAUUCAAAAGAGUGUCAGACGGGUCAGAACAAGAAGCUGGACUUAGGACUUGUUUCAUUUAUUUCUCGGGGUGAAGUUGAGGUGCUGAACGAGUCGCUCUCUCUGUUUUGUGUCUCCUCUGUAACACUGACCACAUCCAAUCGGUUCAAAUGAUUUAGGGGUUAUUCUUGAUUUCGGCCCAGCUAAUCGGUAUCUACACACUUGCUGUACACCGACUGGUUCGGCUCGUCCCAGUAUGAACCAGUUAAUGGAAGCCAGUUGAUUGUGUGCUCCAACAGAGAUUUAAUUGUUUUUUAAUGAUCAGAUUGUAGAUAAACUUUAGAGGGCUUAUUGACCGGAGAGGCAGAGAUGUGGUCAGUCCUGUGUCUGUAAAUGAAGUGGGGUAUUAUAAACUAUUCUAAAUGUUGUUAAAGACGUGGAGAGGUAAAUGCAAAUUGCAGUGCUUUAAUAAGACUAGUUGUACAUAUUGAAUUAAACUUCUGAUGUUAAAUAGAAAAA